GAAGGCAGCAAUGCAUGUGUUUUGUCUGCAUACUCUGUGUUAUGUGUUUUGCCUGCAUACUCUGUCAUUUAAGGUUACAUUUCUUAUCCAAGGCUUCAGGUGAUCAUCAGCAUUUGCCUGAGACAUGGUCUGAUAGUGAUGCUGGGCCAGUUCAGGAAUAUCAGCCUUGUACAGUGGAUCAAGUGUCUGGUUAAAAAGGACGAAAUCUAAUAGCAUCAGAGCUGUGCCUGAGCUGCUAAAAAUCAUGAGUAGUGAACUUAACAUCCCAGUGGAUCCAUCCACCCCAGCUGUCUCAGAACGUGGAAACAAAGGCAUGGACUAUAGAGACUGGGUCAGGCGAAGCUACCUAGAACUAGUGACGUCUAAUCAUCACUCUGUGCAGGCUCUUUCCUGGAGGAAAUUAUAUCUCAGCAGAGCCAAGCUAAAAGCCUCCAGUCGCACCUCAGCUUUGCUUUCAGGUUUUGCUAUGGUAGCAAUGGUGGAGGUCCAGUUGGAGAUGAAAUACGAGUAUCCACAGCUAUUGCUUAUAGCCUUUAGUGCAUGUACAACAAUAUUAGUUGCAGUUCACCUCUUUGCACUUUUGAUCAGCACAUGUAUACUACCCAAUGUAGAAUCAGUGAGUAACAUCCACAACCUGAACUCCGUGAAUGAGUCCCCUCAUGAUCGUAUGCAUCCUUACAUUGAGCUUGCAUGGGGCUUCUCCACAGCUCUUGGGAUUCUCCUUUUCCUUGCUGAGGUGGUACUCUUAUGCUGGAUAAAAUUCCUGCCCUUAGACUCUGCAUCAAUAAGGAAUGACACAACUACUGCACAUAAGCCGCCUAGCAAUGUUGGCUGGCACUCUGCAUUAAUUUCCACCAUAAUAAUGGUGCCAGUGGGUAUUAUCUUUGUUAUUUUUACUAUUCAUUUUUAUCGCACCCUUGUGAGACACAAGACAGAGCGUCACCAUCGAGAAAUUGAAGAGCUGCACAAAUUAAAAGUUGAACUUGAUGGCCAUGACAGAGGCAUAAAUGUAGUGUGAUACAGGAGAAAUCCAAUUCUUCCUCAUUAUGGACAAUUGACACUCAUUCAAAUGCUGAUUUGUUGCAAAAUUAUAAACUAAGUUAGAGCUCUAAGAAUUGUGGUCCAUUUCAAGUUGUGAAAUUCUUAGACUCAUUACUGCCAGGCAGGUGUGAUCCUAGACCAUUAACUUGGAGGUACUAAUGAAGGUUGCUACAUGUCAAGGAUGAAGGAUAAUACUGAUGGGGGCCUCACUUUCUACUUCUUAUGUGUGAUUUUCAUUCCUUUGUUUACUUCUCUUUUUCUUGUGGAGAGACAGUAAAGCAAUUACAGUAGCAGCACAUAAUAAAAUAUAACUUAAUUCCAUGUUGACCAAGGUAAAUGACAAAGCUUAUGUCUGACAAACAUUAUUAGGGAUCAUCCAGAUAAAUGUUAAAAAUCACCAACAUAUUAAUUAAUCAAUCUAUACUUAACCCAUUAAAGCGUAACUCCAUGUUACUAAUUGAUAAAACCAGUAAGCGCCAUCUCCUGCCAUUCAUUAGAUUUGCAUAAAUAAUUAAAUUGUACUACCAAUUGGUUAAAAAUUAGAACAAAACCAAUGUACAAACAGCCCCUAAAUAUGUAAUGUAUUUAACAUAUCUAUACCAUGUAAGGAACCCAGGAAGUUAGUGUGAUGGCCCUACAACAUGUACAUUCUUUAUAAUUAUACACAUGCUAGUGAAUGAUCCUAUGUAGAGCAAAUAACAUGUAAAAAUGGAUUGUCCAUUAAAUGUAUGGCUAAGGGGACAACUAUAACUUGGAAUAAAGUUGCUACAAUAAUGAUUGGGGUGUUUAUCACUCCUAGCGCCCUCAAGAACUGCAACUACAGCCAUGUAUUAUUGUUAGUUAUAAGAAUAAUAAUAUAAUAAAGGUACUCAUAUUAAAUUGAUGUUUUGUAGCUCCCAAUCACUACCCGGUGUAGGACACUCCUAAAAUAACUCCCUCAUUCUAAUUACUGUCCUUAUUUCUGUUAAUCUUACACAAAUUGUACCUAAACACACCAACUGACCCAAGACUCCCCCUCCCUUAGACCACAUAGACUCCCCCUGUCCAAGCACCACCCCUUUAUAAGCAUUUUAGGUUAUUUUUUGUUAAAAAGUUAAAUGAUAUGCAAAUGGUAAAAUCAUGCAAAAAGCCCCUCAAAAAAAUAACACCAAGAAUCUGCAAAAAUCUCUGCGAUUUUAUAUGAGAUUGUGACUUUUCACCAGUGUUCCCUCUAAAGCCCGUUUUGUGAGUGAGCCAGCAGUGAAACAGUUAAUUAGAGCAAUUAGCAAACACUACACAUUGCAGACUGCAAUGUGUGGUUCCCUUAUUAACUGUUUCAUUGCUGAACCGCUCACAAAACUGGCCUUAGAGGGAACACUGUUCUUGACGUAUAAAAAUGUAGCGUUAUUUUUUUAUUGCAUAUCUUUCAGAGUCUACAAAUAAAUACAUUAAAAAUAGCCCUUUUUUGUAAUAAGUUCACAGGUGAGUAUAAAGCUGAAAAAUGUAAUGUUAUGGUUCUUGAAUGUUUCUGUGGGUACAAAUUAAUAUUUGUACCCACAGAAACAUUCAAGAACCAUAACAUUACAUUUUUCAUAUUAAUUGUUGUAGUUGGUAAAUAUAUUAUAUAGCACAAGUAAUUAUUUAGCAGUUAAAGAUUCUAUAAAAACUAAAGGUUUUAGAUGUUCUUUGGGUAUAGCUAUUUUUACACAAAUAUUUCUAAACAUUCUCCUUAAAAAAAUAAGAGUGUGCCUUGUAUAAUAUUUUAGCUUUAACAAAAUAAUAUUUAGCUAAAAAAGAUAAGUUGUGAAGGACAGCAGCUAGUUGGUUAUGUUAGUAAUGUACACUGAGAUAUAAAUGAAAAAUGUUUUACUAAAGGUAAUUUAAAUAAAAGAUUAACUGUGCACUGAGAAACCCUUUUAGCUGGAAAAAAACGAGAAAAAAACACACCCCUAAAGCUAUCCUUAAACAGUAUUAUUUCAAAUGAUAUUGUAAAUUCUAAUUAAAAGAUCAAUAUACACCAAUUUUCAAAUAACUGCAUGUAAUAGACACUACUAUAAAGAAGAAUAUGCACAGAUACUGAUCUAAAAAUCCAGUUAAAAACCUACUUAGAAGCUCCAUGUCUAGCACUAUUGGUGAGGUUAGGCUGGGACACUCAGUGAAAGGGGCUGGGAAAACAGGAACAGCAGACACUGCCUCUUCCCUGAAUAUGAAAAGACAGAUUAUACAAUCAGUAGCCACAGGAAUCUGUAGACAUCAGUAUAUAUCUAAAACUGUGGGGCUUGGUUAGCAUUCUGAAAAUCACCAAAAUGCUUUUAAAAAAUAAGCAAAACUAUACACGUUUACAAAAACACCCCUAGAUGGACUAAAUCAAUGGAUCAUCUACAAAACAUUUAUGCAAAGAAAAAUCUAGUGUGCAAUGUCCUUUUAAAUUAAAAUCUU